AUGAGGAGCGGGCGCGGCGCCUACCGAUGCCUCGCCGCCGCGCCGGCCGCCUGCGCCAUGAACCCCGAGCUGGCGAUGGAGCCGCUGGGCAGCCUGCACGGGGCGGCCGGCCAUGAGCCCGAGCUGAUGGGCAGCCCCAGCCCGCACCACGGCGGCCGCGGCCCCGCCGGGCCCCUGCGGGUGCCCCCCCCGCCGCCGCCGCCGCCGCCCCCCCCGCCUCCGCCGCCGCCGCCGCCGCCUCCGCCGCCGCACCAGGAGCUGGCCCCGGCCGCCGCCCGGCCGGCCAUGGUGCCCGGCAUGGCCUCGCUGCUGGACGGCGCCGCCGAGUACCGGCCCGAGCUCUCCAUCCCGCUGCACCACGCCAUGAGCGUGCCCUGCGAGCCCUCGCCGCCCGGCAUGGGCAUGAGCGGCACCUACACCACGCUGACGCCGCUGCAGCCCCUGCCGCCCAUCUCCACCGUGUCCGACAAGUUCCACCACCCGCACGCCCACCCGCACGCCCACCACCACCACCACCACCAGCGCCUCUCGGGCAACGUCGGCGGGAGCUUCGCCCUCAUGCGGGACGAGCGCGGGCUGCCCGCCGUCAACAACCUCUACGGGCCCUACAAGGAGAUGCCGGCCAUGGGGCAGAGCCUGUCCCCGCUGGGCAACGGGCUGGGCGCGCUGCACGGCGCGCAGCAGGGCCUGCACGGCUACGGGCCGCCCGGCCACGACAAGAUGCUCGGCCCCAACUUCGACGCCCACGCGGCCAUGCUGGCCCGGGGCGAGCAGCACCUGCCGCGGGGGCUGGGGACGCCCCCGGCCAUGAUGUCCCACCUGAACGGCAUGCACCCCGCCGCGCACCCCGGCCACCCGCCGGCCCACGGGCCCGGGCUGCCCGCCGGCCGGGAGCGGCCGCCCUCCUCGUCCGGCUCGCAGGUGAGCGGCUCGGGGCAGCUGGAGGAGAUCAACACCAAAGAAGUGGCGCAGCGGAUCACGGCGGAGCUGAAGCGCUACAGCAUCCCCCAGGCCAUCUUCGCCCAGCGGGUGCUGUGCCGUUCUCAGGGGACCCUCUCGGACUUGCUACGGAACCCUAAGCCUUGGAGUAAACUGAAAUCCGGCAGGGAGACCUUCCGGAGGAUGUGGAAAUGGCUGCAGGAACCCGAGUUCCAGAGGAUGUCAGCCUUAAGACUCGCAGCAUGCAAACGCAAAGAGCAGGAGCCGAACAAAGAAAGGAACAACUCCCAGAAGAAAUCUCGUCUGGUUUUCACUGACCUCCAGCGCCGAACGCUUUUCGCCAUCUUCAAGGAGAACAAGCGCCCGUCCAAAGAAAUGCAGAUCACCAUCUCCCAGCAGCUGGGCCUGGAGCUCACCACGGUCAGCAACUUCUUCAUGAACGCGAGGCGGCGCAGCCUGGAGAAGUGGCAGGACGAUCUGAGCACCGGGGGCUCCUCCUCGGCCCCCAGCACUUGUACCAAAGCGUGACCGGGAGCGGCCGGCGCGGCGGAGCCACCGAGCGAGCGGAUGCGCGGCGGGGCCCUUCACUGGUGACUUAAAGCACAAUCCUCCCAGAAACUCGUCCCAGCCUAGCUGCAAACAGAGGACACUUUUUACAGCUUUUAGUCAGUUUUAGAAGGCGCAAGUGAAAAAUUAACCUCUUUCUAUGUAAUACUAUGCUCAGGACAGGCUAAGCAGGUCUGAAGGAAGAGAGCCGUUCGUGAGGCAAGUUUCUCCUGAGCCCCAAGCCCCGGCUGGCGGGCGCUGCGCAGCCCGGUGCCGCACCGCCGUGCAGCACCGCCGCGCGAGAACGGAGCACAAAGUCUGACACGGAGACGCUAAAGAGUCCAAGAACCUGUUUUUAAAUCUCAGGCAUGGUUUUGUUAAGUGUUCUAGGGAAAAAAAAAAGAUCAAAUUUACAGGUUUCUCUUUUUUUUUUUAGUUUCUUUGAUUUAAUCAGUGAGUAUAGCUUGAUCUUGGAUCAGAAAAAUUCAAUUCACUUGAGCUCAAAGUAUCAAGCACAAAGACAAUAGCUAUAGAAAUAGGUACGAUUCUGGACUCACUACAGCUGUUAUUUUGAGAUGCAUUCUAAUUUACAAAGUUGAUAGUGAAAAAGUAUGUGACUACACAAGUCUCAAGCACAGUUUGCAGUUUGUCACAAAUUCUGUGUUUGUACAUAAUGCAGAUGCACACUCAGGAGGUCAAUUUAACUGCUACAGUACAUGGAGCAAACACAAUGUUUUGAAAGAUCUAGAUAUUUUUAGGUCAUUAAUAAGCCCUUUUCAGUUACCAGGAAUCUAGUUUCUCCUUUGUAGUCUCAUUGUUACUGAGAAGUAUUUAGCGUUCAGUGUAUUUUUGUUCAUUUUUUUGAAAAUCCUUAUGGGAAUUUUAUGGUACUUUCAAGCAGGAAAAAAAAAAAAAACAACCACAAACAAGCCCUUCAAAUGUCAUUGAGCAUGUUAGAUGUGCUGCAUAUGACUUAAAUAUGCCAUUUAAGCCCAUUACAUUUUAAGUUCUUUUCAUCCACUGGUCCACCAAAGCUGACGAGAACACAGCACACCAAAGAGACAGGAUUUCUGCAAGCCAAAGAUAUUUGUAACUCACCGUUUUCUUUUCGUCAUCGUUAGCGUGGUCGUUCUUUUAGAGAUCAGAAAGCCUCACAAAUGCCAACCCGUUUAUAAAUCUCUCACGGUCAUUUGCUGUACAAUUGAGCAGAAAGUGAGCGCUGACAAAAACAUGUGAGCAAAGUCCCGAACGGCGCGGCGGAGCUAUCACAGCCACCUCGCUGCAGCCACAGCAGUCUUCGAGUAGCAAACGCGAUCCUCGCCGCCGGAGCGGUCACGGUCACUCGAUGUGCGUCCUUACCAGUGAAUGGCCCCUUUGGAGCACGGCCCCGUGUUCGAAAGCAAGCCAAACGCUGUCAUGCUUCUUUAGAGACACUUGAGACUUUUUUUAUGUACUCCUUAAUCGAAACCAAAGAAACGUUUUCUGCACCUACUUCUUCUGCAACAAACUGUU